GACAAGCCUGAGGUUGUCUCUUGGAAGAAAGGAGCACAGGCACUCCUGCGGAUCUCCUGAUAAAACCCAGUCGUGGUCAAAGAGAUUCAGGGCAGAGGGAAAGUUCACACACUGUGCCACUAUUUCCCAAAGAAGCCAAAUGGACAAGAAGUCUUCCACCAGGAAAGGUCCAGAUUUCUGUUCCUUACGCUAUGGACUGGCUCUCAUCAUGCACUUCUCAAAUUUCACCAUGAUAACCCAGCGUGUGAGUCUGAGCAUUGCAAUCAUCGCCAUGGUGAACAGCACUCAGCAGCAUGGUCUGCCCAAUGCCUCCACAGAAGGACCUCUUGCAGACACUCUCAACAACCCCAGCAGAUCCAUGAAGGAAUUUAAUACAGGGGCCUCUGUAUAUGAAUGGAGCCCAGAGACUCAGGGUAUCAUCUUUAGCUCCAUCAGCUAUGGGAUAAUAGUGACUCUGAUUCCAAGUGGAUAUUUAGCAGGGAUAUUUCGAGCAAAGCAGAUGCUUGGUGCUGGUCUGCUGAUCUCCUCUCUUCUCACCCUCUUUACGCCGUUGGCUGCUGACUUCGGAGUGAUUUUGGUUAUUGUGAUUCGGACAAUCCAGGGCAUGGCCCAGGGAAUGGCAUGGACAGGUCAGUUUACAAUUUGGGCCAAGUGGGCUCCCCCACUUGAACGAAGCAAGCUCACCAGCAUUGCGGGCUCAGGGGCAGCGUUUGGGUCCUUCAUCAUCCUCUGCGUGGGGGGACUAAUCUCACAGGCCUUGGGCUGGCCUUUUAUCUUCUACAUCUUUGGUGCUUGUGGCUGUGCCCUAAGUCUCCUCUGGUUUGUUCUGUUCUAUGACGACCCAAAGGACCACCCAUGUAUAAGCAUCAGUGAGAAGGAAUACAUCUUGUCCUCCCUCAACCAGCAGGUCAGCUCAAGGACACAGUCUCUGCCAGUCAAAGCUAUGAUUAAGUCUCUUCCCGUCUGGGCCAUUGCUUUCGGUUCUUUUGCUUUUCACUGGACGAAUAAAAUCAUGGUUUUGUACACUCCAACGUUUAUCAACUCCAAGCUUCGUGUGAAUAUAAAAGAGAAUGGGCUGCUAUCAUCCCUCCCCUAUUUGUUUGCCUGGAGCUUUGGUAUCCUAGCAGGUCACCUGACAGACUUCUUCCAGUCCAGGAAUAUUCUCCGCUUAAUUACCAUCCGGAACCUCUUCAACACACUGGGACUUCUCCUGCCUGCCUUCUUCAGCGUGUGCCUGCUCUACCUGAGUUUCAGCUUCUCUAGCACUACCAUCUUCCUGAUACUUGCCAGUUCAACAGGAACCUUUUGUAUGACUGGAGUACUCAUAAAUGGCUUGGAUAUUGCUCCCAGUUAUUACGGAUUUCUUAAAGGAGUUACAGCUGUAAUUGGGAUGAUAGGAGGACUCAUUUCUUCUACUCUGUGUGGAGUAAUCCUUAAUCAGGAUCCAGAAUCCGCCUGGUUUAAAAUUUUCUUCCUCAUGGCAGUCAUUAAUGUGAUAUGCCUACUUUUCUGUCUCAUCUUUGGAAAAGCAGAAAUUCAGGACUGGGCUAAAGAUAGACAAGAACACACACGCCUCUGAAGUGUAAAGCAGAACACUGAGAGAACCUGGGACUGACCUCCUCACUGACGGGAAGAGGGG